AUGCUAAUAGAUAGUGAAAAUCCAAAAGUUGUUGAAGUUGGGGUAAAUACAAAACGGGAAGAAGUGGAUCCUUCAUAUUCAGUGGAUAUUCGAAGAUGUAUCGCCUUUGUUGGUGAGUUUUUUCUCAAAAUUAUUUACUUAACAUGACUCAUAUUAUACUUUCUUAUUUUUUUUUUGAAAGAAAAAAUACUGUUUGAUAACAAACAAACAAAUGGCGUGGUCGACCUUUCGACUUUUCUUGCAAAGAAAAAAAAGUUCAUUUGCUAAAUUAGAAUUCUUAGAUUUAAUUAAAUGAACAUGGUAGUUUUUGAUCUGGACAAAAAAAACUCGGCUUGACAAAUGUUGCAGUUUUGAGAAAAAUGUUUACUGAAACAACACAUGUUGCGUGGGGGAAUCAUGAGAAAUUUUGGAAUUUUAGGGAAAAAAAUCUGGAGUUUCUGAAACAUUUUUGAGAAAAUUUUGGAAUUUAGAAAAAACAUCGACCCAAAUUUUGAUUUCUGUGGUCCCAAAGCUAAAAUUUUUCAUAGAAUCUGGGAAAAAAACAUACAGCCUCCCUUCAAAAUUCAAAUUUUUCAAUUAAAAAAUCAUAGAAAAUUUCUUGAUGAAAAUCCUAAUUUUCCUUUUUUUCAAUCUAUUCGAGCAAAAAAACAACAUCAAUAAUUUUGAUAUAUGAAUAUCUAUUUUUGAGCCCGUUUCCUCCUGCUCCAAAAUCUAAUUGGAUUAUUUUUCCUCAAGAACUACAUUCUAGAAAAAAGUUUAUUUAUAUUAUAUUUGUUCAAAAAAUUUCUGAACACUUGGAAUUUGUUUAUUUGAAAAAUCCAGAUGUUUUAAUUUUUUUGUGAUCUCAAAAAAUCCAAACAUUCCAAAUCUCAUUCAUUUCAAAAAAAAAUGCUUCUCUAUAUUCCAGGCGCCGCAUAUUUUCUCUUUAUGACCGCUUGGGUGGUCCCAGUCGCUUGCGUCAUCACCGUAACACUUCUCUAUCCAUUAUCGAUUUUCCGGAUAUCACUCUUCAAUUAUUUUGAGCACAAAUUAUGCGGGAUGGUGAAUGCUCAUUGGAAUGCGUGUGCAGUGUAUUGCGGUUCAACGGUGACAGAAUAUGGUGCCAAUUUGCACAAUUAUGCCGAGGAGAAGUGUUUGCUGUUGGCUAAUCAUUUGGGAUUAUUGGAUCAUUUUGUGUUGAUGAACAGUUUGAAUGAGAAAGGAAGUGUCCGACAAAGGGUGAGUUAUUGGCUUCAAAUUUUUUAUUCAAAUUGAAAUUCUCACUUUUCAGUGGAUGUGGGUGAUCUAUAAUAUCUGGAAAUUCACACCAUUGGGCGUGAUGUGGACAACUCAUGGAAAUUUCUUUGUCAAUGGUGGAGCCAACAAACGAGACAGUGUUCUUCAAUCAUUUAAAGAUCACCUCAAAGAACGAUUCUAUAAAUAUGAUUAUGGAUGGGUUAUUAUGUAUCCUGAAGGUUGUUUUUUCCUAAUUAGCAUACAUAACUUGAAACAAAUGUUUUAUUACAGGAUCCCGAUUGUAUCUGGUGAAAAAAAGUGGAAAAUCGUUUGCCGAAAAGAACAACUUGAAACCAUUGGAACAUUGUGUCUAUCCAAGAACUGGAGCUGCUCAUUCGGUAUUGGAAGUGUUGGGACCAAAAAAGUUGCUAGAAGAAGGAGAGAAAAAUGUGGAACCAAUCAAAUAUAUUAUUGAUGCGACUAUUGGUUAUCGACGAGGAAUUGUUCCAAAUCUUGGUGAGUUUUGGAAGGAGAAGUCUGAGCAAAAAAUGAGUUGUGCUCAUUUGAAAGAGCAUGUUCUAAUUAGUACAAUCCUCGAAGGUUUUUUUCUGGAACUUUCAAGCCAUUUUCCACGGGAUUUUUUUGGAGUUUUGAUAUUUUAAAACACGCCUGACGAGACGUGUCCAAAAAGAUACAGUACAAAAAUUUUCAAAUAAAAAUUCCCGCCCAAACCAAAAUUUCGAUUCGGGCGGGAAGCUAAUGAAAAUUUUCAAUAUUUUUGCACAUUUUUUCACGAAAAAGUGAAGUGUUCAUUGAUUUUCAGCGGAUUUUGAUGAAAAUAUACAAAAUUUCACGCUGCAAAAUUUUUAUUCUGAAAAAAUUUUCACGCUGCACAAAAAUUUUGGGACACUCUCUCGCCAAGUGUGUUUUAAAACGAAUGUUCGAGAAGCUUCCAGAAAAAGUCUGCUCUUCUAAAUGAUUUCCUUCUUUUAAAAAUCAAAGUCAAAUCUAACAAAAUCUGAAAUUCAAAUUUUCUAGUUCAUUCUGAUUUUUUCUAGAAACUGACAAUCUAAAUUUUCAAAAAUUUUUAAAAUUUGUAAUUUGAUAUUCUCGAAUUUGGCAAGAAUAAUCCACAUAAAUUGUAACUCAAUAUACUAAAAAUGUGUAUCUACAUAACAUAACACACCCCUCUAUCAAUUACAGGUGACGCAAUGAUGGGUGAUUGGCCAACAGUUGACGCAUCUCGCUUUGCUGUUCAUUACGACGUGAUUCCAGUUGAUCCAGAAUGGGCAGAUGAGGAAAAACUCAAAGAAUUCCUUUAUGAAAGAUAUAUUCAAAAAGACAAACUUCUCGCCGAUUUCUAUAAAACUGGAGCUUUCCCUGGAGAAGGUCGAAAAAUCGUGACAAAUAAUUGGGAGAUGUUAUUCUCACAGUUAUUCUGGCUUGGCUUGUAUUAUGCACAUUAUACAUUUUGGCUUCGUCCAUUGUUUGCAUAUCUUUUUUAA